AUGUCUCUCCUACGAUCAAGUCUGAGCUCCACGCUCCUCCGCCCGUUCCUGCGCGCAGCUCCCCGCGCUACACUCCCAAUCACCUCCCAGCGCUUCGCCGGCGACUACGGCGGUGGUGAAGGCGACCCAGUCGGCGAGAAUCCACAAGACCAGGGCCCCAGCAAGUCGAGCGACCUCGAGCACCCGGGUCCACCACCGCCAAAGGUCGGCCAGGGCACCGGAACGACACCCACGAAGGCCACGAGCGAGGGCCACACGGGCGGGACGUCCUCAUCAGGGGACUCUUCUUCUUCGGCUUCGUCCCAGCAGAGCAGUGGAGGCGGCAAUGGCGGAGACAAGACGAAAGGUGCGCAGCCAAAGAUCCUAGACACAAGCCCUCCCGACGCCUCGGAGCAGAGCCAGGACGUCAAGCAACACAACAAGGAGAUGGAGAACCGUGCUGAGAAGGCGCCUGAGAAGACUGAUGAUCCGAACGCGAGCGAUAAGCAGAAGGUUGACAAGGGGUUCUGGGCUGGGCACGGAGGAGUGGGAGAGACCAACGAGGGGCCGGAAAAGCAAAACUAA